AUGAAAGUUGAUGAAAAAGGCUACAUAAUGUACUGGAGGGACCAGAAUAAGGAAAUGGACUUUCUGGACAUUGCCCUCAUCAGUGACACAAGGACUGGCAGUCAAGUGAAAAUACCAAAGGAUCAAAAGCUAAGAGACUCAUUAAUGAUUGGUCAGUCAGAUAUUCCCCUAGAAGACAAAAUGGUAACAGUUGUCUAUGGAAAAGACAUGGUCAAUGUAGAAUUUGUCCACUUUGUGUGUGCCAACAAAGAAGCAGCUCAAGAAUGGACUGACGAGUUGCUGAAAUAUGCACACAAUCUGCUUGCAUCAAACAGCAGCUCUCUCACCUAUUUGGACAAACUGUUUACUCGGUUUAAUUUGGUCCUUAACAAUGAAGGAAAGGUUUCCAUGAAAAACAUCGUAAAAAAUAUUGCCAGUAACAGAGAUGAUCGGAAGAAGGUUGAGAAGGCUCUUGAAGCAGUUGGGUUCCAUGCUGGAAAAACUGAUGCUAUUAACCCACAGAAAUUUACUUUUGAGAACUUCUUCAAUUUUUACAGACAUCUGUUGGGUCGAACUGAAGUGGAUAAAAUUUUUGAUGAGCUAGGUGCCAAGAAAAAGCCGUAUUUAACAACACAACAGUUCUGUGAUUUCCUUAAUAAGCAACAGAGAGAUCCACGUCUGAAUGAGGUACUGUAUCCAAACUAUACACUGGCAAAAGCAGAUGAGCUUAUACACCGCUAUGAAACCAAAUCUGGGAUGGCACAAAAAGGUCACUUGUCACAGGAAGGCUUUCUCAAGUAUUUGAUGAGUGAGGACAACAAUAUAAUUCCUCCAGACAAACUUGACAUCAGCGAAGACAUGGAUCAACCAUUGGCUCAUUAUUUCAUCAAUUCCUCUCACAAUACUUACCUGACAGGUCAUCAGCUGACUGGCAAAUCUUCUGUAGAAAUUUACCACCAGGUUCUUCUGAGCGGUUGUCGUUGUGUAGAACUUGAUUGCUGGGAUGGUAAAGACUCAGAUAUGGAGCCAAUUAUUACACAUGGUUACACAAUGUGUACAGAAGUCUUAUUCAAGGAUGUGAUAGAAGCCAUUGCCCAGAGUGCCUUUAAGACCUCAGAUUAUCCUGUUAUUUUGUCAUUUGAAAAUCACUGCAGUCCCAAGCAACAAGCAAAGAUGGCAAAUUAUUGUCGUACUAUAUUUGGAGACUUGCUGCUCAUAAAUCCAUUAGAUUCAAAUCCUCUGAAACAGGAUGUCCCUCUACCGAGCCCGACUCAGUUGAAACGCAAAAUUAUAAUUAAGAACAAGAAGAAACAUUUCCACAGAGGUAUUGUAAUAUUUAUUGAUGAUGAUGAUGAUACAGUUACUUCAGAGGAAGGGCGGGAAAAAACAACCAAGAAGAAGCAAAAGAAAAUUUUAACAGAGGAGGAGAAAAAGCGGAUUCAACGAAUGAAGAAAGAAAAGGGUACAGCAGGGAAAGAAGCCUCAGCAGCCAUGGAAAUGUCAUUGUUGGUGAACUACAUACAGCCUGUUCAUUUUCAUUCCUUUGAUGCUUCAGAAAAACGCAGAAGAAGCUAUGAAAUAACAUCCUUUGUGGAAACUCAGGGUACUUCUUUAUUGAAAGAAUUUCCAGUGGAUUUUGUCAAUUACAACAAACGCCAGAUGAGUAGAAUUUAUCCAAAAGGUACCAGGGUGGACUCCAGUAACUUCAUGCCUCAACUAUUCUGGAAUGCAGGCUGUCAGCUGGUAGCCUUAAACUUUCAGACGCUUGAUCUUGCUAUGCAGUUUAAUCUGGGUAUUUUUGAGUACAAUGGCCGUACAGGCUAUAUUCUGAAGCCAGAUUUCAUGAGACGACGGGACAGGCACUUUGACCCUUUUGCAGAAUCCACCGUAGAUGGCAUAAUUGCUGGAUCUCUUUCUAUAAAA